UGUGUCUUGCAAGGUGGCAAAGUAACAUUUCUUCAAUGUGUGUCCAAAAUUCUUCAUGUAUUAGGAAGUUUCCUGAGGACCCACUGUAAGGCAGCUACGUGAGGGGAAAAAAGCAUCCUGCAGCUUUCAAAGUGUCCCUGCUGACUCCUGCCUGUCAGUACAGAACUAGCUUGAUUUGCCUUAAUUACAGUGAUAAAUGUGACCCUAUGGAGUCACGUUCAGGAAUGGUGCUGUCACACUGCUGUAAUCAGUAUGGGCUGCUCCUCUUUGUGUGCCAUCACCCUGAGGUGGCACAGCUGCAGAAAAAGUAAUUUUCUAGCCCAACUCUGAAUAUACCCACAUGUGUAAGGUGAUGAGCAUUCCAGCCAAAGCCCUCCAAGGAAACCCUGAGAAUAUUCAGUAUAAAAACUCAGGCCAAUCUCCCUCCUCUUUCCUUGGACCCUGAGCCUCUCUCCAUGAUGGAGUACAAUCAUGGAGUAGUUCAGGUUAGAAGGGACUGCUAGUGGUCGGCUUGUCCUGCCCUUCUGCCACGGUCAGGGACAUCUUCAACUGGAUCUGGUUCCUUAGAGCCCUGGCCAGUGUGACCUUGAACGUUUCCAGGGCAUCAGACACCACCACUCUGGGCAAUAUCAACCAGCCCUCUCCAUCGUGUUGGGCACACACAAAUUUCCUUGAGUGAAAGGGAGGGGAAGGCAGCCACAGUUGGGUCUUGAGCGAUACAGUCAAGGACAUAAGGAGAAUGAUUUGGGGUCAGUAUGGGGGAAGAGAAGCGGAGGUUGUGUGCUUGGCCAUGCAGAGUGAAGGGUUUAUGGAGGUGACAGACCUGAGGGUCAGUAUAAGCCACAAUCUGACACUUCUGUUGUUUUACAGUUGUUUUAACAGUAUUUGUACGUUCCUCAUUUCUUCAUUGCAAUUCCUAACAGAUUUUCCUGUUUUUUCACUCCAAGGGGAAAAGCUGCUGAUGUUUCAGACUGACAGUAAAAGCUUUUCUCUGAGUAGUAACAGCUCACUGAAAGCCUUUCAAAAUGUGCAUGUUGAAAUGUCUCUUUGUACUUACACUGGGGAAAAUAGAAACAUAAGAGUGCACAUAUUAUUUAGUGUUUUUUGGCAUUAGAUUUUGUAUGGUAUUUUAGCACCUUGUCACUUAGUAGUGACUGCUCCUUGUGUUCUGCUCCCAUACCUGAAGUUAACAUGGUUGGAAGAAGUUUGUUGGUCUGUGAGCUACGUUCUCUCCUGCAUUGACUUCAUGGCAAACUCUAGUGACAAGACUCUUGACCUGCUGGAUCAGCUCCUUCUAGAUGCCCUUUGACACGUGAGUACAUCAUUCUUCAUGGAAAACAAAAAUCCCAGGUUAGUGUUCUUGCAUUCAUUAACUUUUCUCUCUGCCAAGAAGAUUUUAUUUUCUGGAUGUUUACUUGUUUCAGUAGAUAUUAUGCUGUAUACCAUACUGGCUGUGCUACAGGACAUCACAGGACAACCUAUUACUUCAGAAGACUGAGUACACUGGGUAAUGUGAUUUGAAGAUGCCAACCCCUUGGCAAAUGUGCUGCAAUAAAAAGUCCAGAACUGAGAAUGCAAAAGCUGAAAUGGACAAUAUGGCAGAGACAAGUGAAAAAAUGCAGAUGAAAAAAGAAAUCACACUACUAAAUGGAGUUUCUUUAAUUGUAGGGAACAUGAUUGGCUCUGGCAUAUUUGUAUCACCCCGAGGUGUUUUAAUGUAUAGUGCUUCCUAUGGACUCUCAUUGAUCAUCUGGGCUCUUGGUGGGAUUUUUUCCCUGUUUGGAGCUUUGUGUUACGUUGAACUGGGAACAUCCAUCAUGAAAUCUGGAGGCAGUUAUGCCUAUAUUCUGGAGGCAUUUGGGGCCUUUGUGGCCUUCAUCAGACUCUGGUCUUCCUUGCUAAUUAUCGAACCAACAACCCAGGCAGUGAUAGCAAUCACAUUUGCUAACUAUAUUGUUCAGCCAAUUUUCCCCCACUGUGAGCCACCGUAUGACGCUGUCAGGUUGAUUGCAGCUGCGUGUAUAUGUUCCUUAACAUUUAUUAACUGUGUUAAUGUAAAGUGGGGUACCCGUGUACAAGAUGUUUUCACAUAUGCAAAAGUCAUGGCUCUUAUCUUGGUGAUAUCUGUUGGCCUUUACAAAAUUGGCAAAGGGGAAACUGAAAACCUGAGAGCUCCGUUUGAGGGCUCCACAACAAACCCAGGGAUGAUCGCCCUGGCUCUCUACUCUGCCCUCUUCUCCUACUCAGGAUGGGACACGCUCAACUAUGUCACCGAGGAAAUGCAGAAUCCUGAGAGGAACCUACCUCUUUCUAUUGCAAUUUCAAUGCCUAUUGUAGCUAUCAUUUACUUAUUGACUAAUAUAGCAUACUAUGUAGUGUUGGACAUGUCAGCUCUCCUCACAAGCGAUGCAGUGGCUGUGACAUUUGGAGGUGAAACCCUUAGUCAUGCCAAGUGGAUAAUUCCUAUAGCAGUGGCCAUGUCUUGUUAUAGUGGCUUAAACUCAUCAAUUAUUGCAGCAUCUCGGCUUUUCUAUGUUGGAGCCAGGGAAGGACACCUCCCUGUCAGUCUGAGCUUGAUUCACGUGAAGUGCUUCACACCAGUCCCUGCUCUCCUGUUCAACGGCUUAAUGACUUUGCUUUAUCUCCUUGUGGAAGAUGUUUUCCUCCUCAUUAAUUACUACUGCUUCAACUACUGGCUCUUUGUGGGUCUGUCUAUUGCAGGACUAAUAUAUCUGAGAUAUACUCAGCCACAUAGACCACGGCCUGUUAAACUUAGCCUCUUCUUCCCUAUAGUAUAUUGUUUGUGCUCACUAUUCCUGAUUAUAGUGCCUCUCUACAGUGACACAAUCAAUUCCCUUAUUGGUGUUGGUAUUGCCCUCUCAGGCAUUCCCGCAUAUUAUUUGGGAGUCUAUCUGCCAGUUGAAAAACGACCUAAAUGUCUACUUUGGCUCUCUGCUACAACAACGAAGUACGUUCAGAUGCUCUUCUACUGUGCUCUGUCAGACCUGGACAUAGACGUGGAACCCACAACAGCUAAGAGUAAAUAGAAUUGCCUCAACAUUGAGAAUUGUGCCUUGACAUCUCCUGUCUGGAACAAUUUUUAUCAUCUGAAGUUCUCCUCAUAUGUGCAGUCAUACUGGAGCACUAACCCCUGUACUGUGCAUCAGUUUGAUGUCAGUUAAGUUGUGAUGGUUUUAUAAAACACUCUGUUUUCCAGGAUUUCCUUUUAAAAUUCUGUUUGUUAAUAGUGAGUUAUCAUGUAACAUGCUGAAACUAUAAAGCACUUGGUUGGAAAGGAUGAAAGUUUGACAAGAAAGUUUCACAGAUAUGUAUGCUUGGCAGAAAGCUCUUUGAAUGUAGAACCUGAGAACGAAAUAGAGAUGGAAGCAAGUUUUGAUAUAGAACAACAAUAGAUGUCUAAAUUUACAAUUGCUGAGCCAGUAGUUACUGGACAACUAAGAAAGCAAAGGUUAAGUCAAGUUGGAAAGGUGUUGUAUGACUAGAGCAAAGGACAUGUUGACCACAAACAAAAAGAUGCUUUUACCAAGCAGAAACAGGUCUUGGGAAAAGGAGAAAGAUACCACAGGUGAACAAGCAUGCCAAUGUGGCAAGUAGAAAAAAGGUCUAAGAAUUUUCUGCUGCAAGAAAACUGAAAUACUUUAAGCUUAAACUGUAACAUACUAACUGAUGUGAUUGGAUAGUAUUGACCAUAAUAUGGUAAUGAUAGUAGUUAUCAUAGGCUAUAGGUAAUAGUAAAGGUUAUGUAUUAAAUUGCUCAGCAAAGAAAAAUAUAUAAUGCAUUGUAACCAAAACUAAAGGGUCUUCAGGCUUGUCUAUAGCUGGAGCUGACAGCUGUAGGCAUGGCUCUGUCACCCACAACCCAAGACUGCUUUAAAAUCUCAUAUACAAAUAAACAGCAUUUUGAAGAGC